GAUUUGAUGGGCUUGGCUGAUGAAGAUGUAAUGAUGUUAUUGCCACAGUUCUUCGCACCCAAAGAUAUACCAGACAACGUAGCGUUGAAACCUCCGGCAACAAAUGGUCCCAAGAAGAAAGAUGAUGCAGAGACUCAGAACUAUUAUGAGAUUGAUGUUGGCCCAGUAUUUGCAAUUGAUUUCAGCGUCAAAGAGAUUCCAAAGAAACUAAAUUGGGAAGACUUUGUUUCUCCCAGCUCCUUCCACUGGCAAUGGCAGGUAUGUGUGUCUGCAUUGUUUGACGAACGGCCUAUAUGGACAAGGGAUUCUGUAGUGCAACGACUACUUGAUAAAGGUCUAAAAUGUACACAUCAUAUGUUAAACAGGUUUCUUCUCAGGGCUGCUUAUUAUUUCUCCAAUGGUCCGUUUCUUAGGUUCUGGAUUAAAAGAGGCUAUGAUCCACGAAAUGAUCCUGAGUCCCGUGUGUACCAGAGAAUGGAAUUCAGGGUUCCACCUGAAUUACGAAGUUAUUGCGAUGCCAAUGCAACUAACAACUCAAAGCCAAGCUGGAAAGACAUUUGUGCUUUUAAGAUAUUUCCUUUUAAAUGCCAAACCUUUCUGCAGUUGUAUGAACUUGACGACGAGUACAUCCAGCGGGAGAUAAGAAAGCCUCCUAAGCAGACUACUUGUAGCCAUAAAACAGGAUGGUUCUCUGAAGCCAUGCUUGAUACUUUGAGACUCCGCGUAGCUGUGAGAUUUGUGUCUGUAUUUCCUGAGACAGGGUUCGAAGAUUUAUUUAAAUCCAUUCAAGAGGAGUUUGAGAGGUCAGAGAAGAUACAAAUUCAGAAAGAGACACUUAAACCAUCUCUAGUGAAGCACCAGGAGGCAACUAAAGGUGCUGAAGACAUGGAAAAGUGUAAAAGCGUAAACGAAGAUGUGGAUGCUAAUGUUAAUGAGGAUGGAUAUGAUGAAAACCUGGAUGACGAAGAAGAGGAAGAAGAAGAACUCGACAUGGCUGCAGGAGACAAUGAGAAAUCUUUUGAUUCCCAUGGAUAUCUUGAUAGUGAGAACAGCUCCAGGACGUACCUUCAAGGUUUAUUUGAUAGUUUCCCAACCAGUGAACCUGGUUUAUACGGAGAUUUAGCAGUUGAUGAUGGGAGUGAUGGAGAGUUUCAAAUAUACGAAGAAGAAUCUGAAGGAAUGUAUUCCAUUGAUGAUAAUAAUGAUGACGAAGAAGAAGACGAUGAUGACGACGACUGAUGAGUAAAAA